AUGUCCUGCAUCAUCAACAUCAUCGACAUCAUCAUCAUGGACGGCAAGACAUCCGGAGUUGCUGCUUCUUCUGCUUCUUCUUCUUCUGGGGUAAGUCCAAUGCUUCCUCAAGGGUUACAGUGUGGAUUCUGUAAUAAGGUUUUCGCUACUCGUUUCAAUGGAUUACGCCACGAGCGCCAGUGCCUCCACAACCCACACAGAGACGACCAGCAGAUUUGUGAGAAGUGUGGGGUAGCCAUCACUCGCAAAGACAAUAUGACUAAACACUUGAGGUCAUGCAUUGGCGAAAUUUGCAAUGCAGCGAGUCUAAGUUGCAAGUACUGCAACAAACUAUUUUCUCACAUUGGAGAUGCACGAAGACAUGAGAAGGCGUGCAAUUUCAAUCCAGAUCGCCAGCUUCUAAAGUGUGACAAGUGCGAGAAAGACUUCACCAGACCAGACAACCUAGCCAGACAUGCUACCAAGUGUAAUGGCUCAACACCAGCCAAGAGAAGACGAGAAGCUUCGCCCCAGCCUGGACCAUCGACUGUUCCUCAACCCAAAACAUCUCGACCAAAGAUAAUAGCAGGAGCAGGAGUAGCCUCCCAGUUUGUGUUUGUGGAGGCCGAGACUGCAUUUCGAGGCAACUUGAAGACCCUG